GUAUGUUGUGGUGACAUCAAAACAUCAUGAGGGCUUUACUAUGUACCCUUCAAAGUAUUCAUUCAGUUGGAAUGCCAUGGAUGUUGGACCCAAGCGAGACUUGCUUGGUGAACUUGCAGCUGCAGUGCGGAAUGGGUCAGACAUGCACUUUGGCAUCUAUCAUUCACUGUUCGAUUGGUUCCAUCCCUUGUAUAAGAAGGAUAAGGAGUCUGGGUUCAAGACACAGGAUUUUGUCAAAUCAAAGGCACUCCCAGAACUUUAUGAACUGGUGAUGGAAUAUCACCCUGAAGUUGUCUGGUCUGAUGGAGACUGGGAGGCCCCAGACCAGUACUGGAACAGUACUGGGUUCCUGGCAUGGCUGUAUAAUGAAAGCCCAGUCAAGGACAUUGUAGUCACAAAUGACAGAUGGGGACAAGGAUGCCCUUGCAAGCAUGGAGGCUACUAUAGUUGUGCUGAUAGAUUCAAUCCAGGAACCCUACAAAAGCAUAAAUGGGAAAGUUGCACAACUAUUGACCGGGAAUCUUGGGGGUAUCGCCGGGAAGCACGUUUUGCUGACUUUUACUCUAUUGAGGAGAUCUUGAAGAUGCUUGUUGGAGUCGUCAGCUGUGGAGGAAACCUGUUGCUCAAUGUUGGACCAACAAGCUAUGGCAAAAUUUCUCCAAUUUUUGAAGAAAGGCUGCACCAGAUGGGGGAGUGGUUGAAAGUCAAUGGGGAGGCAAUUUACAAGACAAGACCUUGGCCUAAGGCCCAAAAUGACACCCUUUCAUCCUUUGUUUGGUAUGGACUUAUAAGCCAGUAUUUAACUAAAUCAAGUGUAAUGUACACACAAGGAAAGAGUUCACCAGCUGUGUAUGCAAUAGCACUUGAAUGGCCAGACAAUGAAGUCUUGCAUUUGGGAGCUCCCAAACCUACUGAGACGACUGAAGUAUACAUGCUUGGAUAUGACAAGCCCCUUCGGUGGAAGUCAGUGAAGGAUGGAAUGGUGGUGGAUUUCCCUAACAUGUCCAGAGUAUCCAGUAAAUGGUCCUGGGUUCUCAAACUCUUGGAUGUGGCAUAAUCCCCUCCUGUGAUAUAUCAAUCAAUGUAAUUAAUGAUGAAAAUGUCCAGUGAUUGCCAUGUGUGUUAGACUGCAUUUAAAAUGAAUGAGCCUUAUAUUGUGGGACUUAAGAGAAAAUUAUCCAUUUACUGUUUCUUGACCUGAAACCUCAUACUCUCCUUUGCAUUGAAAAUAUUGAAUGAUGAAUCAUAAUAAAAAAUAUAUAUAUAUAGG